CUCAGUCAUCAGUUGAUUUCCACACACUGAUGUUGUGCAUUAAUAAUCUGCAGAUGUGUAAAGAUCUUCCUAACACUAAGAGCUGUUUAGGGUGAUGUACAUUUACUGUUGAUGAGUGUAGAAGUGAUGAUUAAUGCUGGAUUCUAGAUAGAUUUGAUGCUGAUGUGGCUCAGAAUGGCUCCUGCUCUUCAUCUGAUCUUUCUGCUCAUCAUUCACAGAGUUUCUAGUGCUGAUUGGGGUGUGAAUUACAGUCCUACACAAAUCUGUGCACUAAAUAACUCAACAAUGACAAUCAGAUGUAAAUAUACAUACCCACCUAGAGGAUAUCAGAUCAUGGAAGCGUACUGGUCUAAAGACCCUACAGAUUGGCAAAACCUUCCAGAUCUGUCUAAAAACUCUGAAUACAGUCAGAGGCUUCAGUAUCUGGGAGAUAAACAGCAGAACUGCACCGUCAGACUGAGUCAUGUUACAAAAAAUGAUGAAGGCCAGUAUUAUUUCAGAUUCAUUAGUAAUGUAUCUUCAGGGAGAUUUACUGGCCCUUCAGGAGUGCGUCUCUCUGUCACAGAUCUUCAGCUGGAGUCUCCUGAGAGAGUGAAAGAGGGAGAUUCAGUCAAUCUGACAUGUAAAAGCAGCUGUAAACUGACUGACACACCAACAUUCAUCUGGUACAGAAACUCACACACAUUGACUAAUAUUGGAGAUGAACUCAACAUCAGGUCAGUCAGUAGAACAGAAGCAGGCAACUACAGAUGUGGUGUGCAGGGACAAACGUACAUCUCUCCUGCUGUUUAUCUCAAUGUCACAUAUGCUCCAGAUACUCCUGUGAUCUCUAAUAGAUCUGCAGUAAUAAUGGAGGGAGAUUCAGUGACUCUGAACUGCAGCAGUGACUCAAACCCUCCUGCAGAAAUCAGCUGGUUUAAAGGGAAUAAAUCUUUGAAUUCUGGAAGAAUCUUCAACAUCUCCAAGAUCAGCUCUGAUGACAGUGGAGAAUACAAGUGUGGAGCCAAAAAUGUACAUGGAGAGAAAUACUCUGAUCCUGUGACUUUAGAUGUCCAGUAUCCUCCCAGAAACGUCUCAGUGUCCGUCACUGAUUCUGGUCAGCUUUUUUCUGAUUUAGUGAGUCUGAUGUGCAUCAGUGACUCAAACCCUCCUGCUCUGAACUUCAGCUGGUUUAAGGAGAAUCAAAGCUCAGCUGUUGGAUCUGGACAGAGUUUCAGUGCAGUACAGAGUGGACGCUUCUACUGUGAGGCUCACAAUCCACAUGGAGCUCAGAGAUCAGACGCCGUCACUGUCACUGUUCAACAACAUGCUGAGAGAAACAUCAUCACAGUGACAUCUGUAGGAUUAUUAUUCAUCUUCAUCGUCGUUGUCAUCAUCGGCCUGUUUAUAAUAAAGAAACAAAGGAGUGUUAAAUCUGAAGGUCUCACAGUGAUGCAGAAUGAUCUGUAUUCUGAUGUGUCACAGAAAGUUCAAGCCCACGACAAUCCAGUUUGUAACCCUGGAUUAGCCGAUGAAUCUCCUUAUGAAACUAUGAAUCCCAGAAUAAGUGCUGAAUGCAGAGAUGCUGAGGAGAUCCAGUACGCCACUGUCCAAUACCACAAAAACACACCGAUGAAGAGAGAGGAAGAAGAGGAGCGUCAGUCUGACAGCAUACCAGUUCAGCAGCCUGAUCAAGACCACAGGCAGGAAACUGUGGAAACUGUGGAGGAGUCUGUGAUUUACAGCAUGCUCAAAUGAGUGAAAGCCUGUCCAUGGGAAAUUAAUGAAUAAUUUUGUGUUUCAGCCCCACAUUGAGGCUUUUAAGAGAAUCCACUGUGUUUCAGAUCAGUUUAAUGAUGCUUGUUGAAUUGGUGUUAUUGUCAUGCUUGUUUGAGUGUAAUCUGUUAAAAGUUGUCUGUCGUUUGUUUGCUUUUCAGUGUUUUCAGUAUAAGUUUGAGAUGAAGCUUAAAAACCAAAACAACUGUGAGGAUGAGAGAGAAAUAAAAUCACAUUCUGAUUAUGCUUUUAAUUGGCCUUUGCUAUCUUUAUGCAGCUGAAAAGUCAUUUACUAUUUGUUAUGUAAA